ACCUCUUAUAUUCCCCUUCUCUCUCAGCCCUCUCUCUCUCUCUCCUCUUUGUGGUUGUAGGAGUAAAUUAUACCAUUCACACGUUCUUACGCAACCGUCGUCGGCGCGUGCGGGUGCGCGGCGUGAAGCAGAAGAAGUAGAUCAGGUCAGGGGAUCGGAGAUCGGAGAUGGGGCGGCUGUUCUUGAUAAGCCUUGAAGGGAAGAUCUACAGCUGCAAGCACUGCCAAACCCACCUCGCCCUCGCCGACAACAUCGUCUCGAAGGCAUUUCACUGCCGGCAUGGGAAAGCUUAUCUCUUCAGUAAGGUUGUGAAUGUGACUGUUGGAAUCAAAGAGGAGCGCUUGAUGAUGACUGGGAUGCACACUGUUUCUGACAUUUUCUGUGUCGGUUGUGGCUCCAUUGUUGGUUGGAAAUAUGAAGCUGCUUACGACAAAGCUCAGAAGUACAAGGAGGGGAAAUUUAUCCUUGAAAGGUUCAAAGUGUCGGGCCCUGAUGGAAGCCACUACUGGGUGACUCACGACACUCACAUGGGUGGUAGCGACGUCGAUGAUGCAAAUGAAAGUUAGAAAUGCUCCAUCAAUUUCUUUCAACUGUAAAUAAAUCAGUUUGUUGUUACUGUUCUCUGUCAACUUUCUCUCUGCAUGAAGACUUAUUUAUCUGCGUUGUUGAUGUCGUCUUAUGUAUAUAUCAUUCUGAAAGGGGUGCUUCUUCGUCAUCACCUGCUAAAUGUUGGUGUUAGUGCAAAAUAAUCAAUUAGCAGAUAGUUGAAUUGUUUUAUCA